UGUGCAACAAAGCGAGGUUUUAAUUUAGGGUUUGGGGAGCAAAACGAGGCUAGAAGGUCUGGUGAGGCUUCGUGGUGUCAGGUUUUAGCUGGUAGGAUGAACCUCGUCACUAUUGUGCAAGCGCUGGGUGAAGACUUGGUGUCGCGUCCUCUCAGUCUUGUCCAGGACCGAGCCAGUAGCUCCUUAGAUAACCGGUGAACGUGUCGCCAUGAAAUCUCUCCUCUGCUACAUGCUUACUGCGCUGGUUGUCUCCGCGACGGCCUUUCCCUCUGGCAACAUGUCGGAGUGUGUAGACGAAAAGGCGUUGGAGGAGUGCUUUCUAGCCCUGCACCAGAGCGACCAGCGAAUUAUGGUGCAAAACGAGGAGGAUUCAGCGAACGGCUACCAGCAGUUUGAUCCCAUGAUGUUUGUUAUCACGGAAAGUGCCAGCAACCUGAUUUAUAUGUGCGAUGAGAUGGAUAAGGUUGUCUCGGCGAUGAACUGUAUAAAUGAAGCGAUAAACACUACGUGUCCACUAAAGACUCCACCCCACGACCCUGAACGGCUGAGAAAUGCUCUCACCUAUAUGUGUUCCAGGAAACAGGAUCUAGAUACUGUUUGCAUGAUAUCACACAGGACAAUGUUUGACAGCUGCAGGGUAGGAAUCAUGCAAAGUUUUCAGGAUGAAGCUUCUCAGAUUCCCAGGGAGACAGCACCUGUCUCGGGAAUAGAGUCACAAGAAGAACCAAUGGAAGAGCGAAUGUGCAUGGCCCAAUUCAUGAUGGCCAGAUGCAUGAACUCCUCUCUCCUCAAAGAGUGCCCAAACAACCCUGUGAAGACCGCAGAGAUCAUAGUGGAAAUGAUGAAGCGAGUGACUACAGAAGAAUGCGCUUCUCAAUGGAGCGCCUUCGCGCAGGCGCACAUGAUGGAUACAGGCGAUGAUCCUACUGCAGUUGCUACGAGCGUUUUGAUUGGCUGGACUUCAAUUCUGCUGCCAAUCAUUGCAGCGCUCUUACAUUUUGCUUGAGUUCGACAGUUACACAAGGUCUAAACAUAAUUUUAUUAUUAUUGUUCGUGCUCUUAUUAACCUAGACCUGUUAAUUGAGCGGCGAGCUCCAAAUUAUAGCUUUUUUGACUUACAGAAAAGUGUUGCUGACAAUCGUCAGAUUAGUCUUGUUUAGAAAAAUUUACUAACAUGGUUUGGAUGUAUAGAUUAAAUAAGCAAAGACAGACGACUUGAUUCAGUCUCAGUAAAAAUCUACCUAAGGGAAAAGAGAGAAACAUUAUGGACGAUUCUGUUCAUACAAUUUGUUUUAGACAAAGAAUAGAUCAGCAAAGCUUUGAAAAAAAAAAAGAAUUGAUAUAUGUUUAGUUUAUUCCUCGAGUAUCAUAUAUAGGGCCGCAUUGAUGUAUGUGCUUAUGCACAAUACUUCAAAGAAUUGUACAUGUAUUCUGAAAUCAACAUCUUUGAACUUAAACAUGAAGUGCUUGCCCUUUGUUUUUGUGGUCACUGUUUUUAAUUUUAAAAGUACGAAAAUUGUACUCCAGAUUUUAUCGUUAACGUCAAUAAAGUUUGUUUACAUUCAUAAA